AUGGCGCAAAAAAAAAAAAAAAAAAAAAAAACGUACAGCACCGGGGAUUCGCUGGUCGUCACCGACCCAACUACUAAUCCGGCGGUUGGUAGCUUAUCUAGGGGAGAGCGGACGGGAUCCCGAGUUUUCUACCACCUAUGGCCGUACGUGACGGUCACUCCUGCACAUUCACUAGAAAUGGAGCCAUUGCACAACAAGCACCUGAAAAUCCCGAGAUGGCAUGGACUCCAGCAACACCUAUAUGGCCGACGGGAAGCAGGACGUGAAUGA